AUUACCCCUUCAAGUUGGAUCAGUGUCCGCAGAAAUAGACCGCGGUGUGGCAAAUUCUAGUUCCAUAGAGUUUGUGGUGAGAUCGGCAAAAAUAAACUAAACUUUACUAAUUACGAAACAUGGACCGCAUUUAUAAUGUGUGAUACAGAUAUUCCCCGACGAAUUUGCAAUCAAGUUUUAUCAGUCGUUAACCUAAGCCAAUUAAACGAUUAACAGGGAGCUAGCUGUGUAAUAACCAAACUAGACUUUUUCCACUAGUAUGGAUGGUGUCGAGUAGCUCAUUUGCAUUUAAGAGACUUCUACACACUCAUAUACACUUUCUACUGAAGAGAACCGCAAAGCACAACAACUUUCUCGCCAGUGUACUGUGGUCUGUGUUAUCUUAUCAAAACUGCUCCCCAUUUUUCUGUUUUUUAUAAGUUCAACUUGUUGUCGAGAAGCUUAAUAAAAGUGACUUUUUAAUGCACUCGAAGAUUAGUUGCCUUUGAGCUGUUAAGUUUUAUAGGAAGUGCUCUCGUAGCAAGUGAAGCCGGCAGACAAAAUGACAGUGAAGAUUACCGAAGAUAUCUUUGGAGAGUAUCUCGACCCGUUCACCCAGAUCAAAGACAAGGUCCGACGCUUCACGUUCUCCAACGAUAGUACAAAAACAACAGUACAGGUUAUCACUUUGGGUGCAACGAUAACAUCAAUAAAAGUUCCAGACACUUGCAACGUUAUCGGCGACAUUGUUCUUGGAUUCGAUACUGUUCAAGGGUACGAAGGAUCUGACAAUCCUUACUUCGGGUGCGCCGUGGGACGGGUGUGCAAUCGCAUUGCAAACGGGAGUUUCAUUCUCAAUGGACAGAGAAUUCAGGUCAGCAGGAAUCUUGCGAACAAGCACACCCUUCAUGGGGGAUUUCUAGGAUUCAACAAGGCCAAUUGGAGUGCUAACGUCGAGGACGAUAGAGUGAUUAUGACGCACAUUAACAAGGAUGGACAGGAAGGAUUCCCAGGACAAGUGACAGCAACAGUUGUCUUCAAAUUGACCAAGGAUAAUAGUUUUCAUGUUAACUUCGAAGCCACUACGGACAAGCUGACGGUUGUCAAUUUAACAAAUCAUUCCUAUUUCAAUUUGGCCGGACAUGAUGCCGGUAGCGCUGCAAUUUACGAACAUUUGGUUAAAAUCAAAGCAGACAAAUACACAAUUACUGAUGAGGAUUCAAUACCAACUGGUGAAUUGGGAAAUGUGGAAAACACACCGUUCGAUCUACGCACUCUAGAUGUCCUUGGACCACGAAUGCAAAAGACUCCUACGGGGGGUUUUGAUGACAAUUUCUGUGUAAAUUUGGACUGGAACAAGACAACAAUCAUUGCAAAGGUGUGUCAUCCUAAAUCCGGAAGGUUCAUGGAAAUUGCUACAAAUCAACCGGGGGUGCAGCUUUAUACCAGCAAUGGAAUGCCUGAUCCGUCUAAAAAUGAGGCCCCCAUCGUCGGCAAAGGUGGCACCAAGUAUUGGAAGCACGGAGCCCUCUGUUUGGAGACACAAAAGUAUCCUGAUGCUGUCAAUCAUGAAAACUUUCCAUCCAUCAUCCUAAAUCCCGGCGAGAAUUAUACACAUGAAGUGAUUUAUAAAUUUGGUACUUCACGAAGUGACGAAGGCACUUGUAGCAAGCGAAAGUAAUGUAACGGCAAGAACAAACGACGACAAGGACUACACAGAAAAAAACGGCAUAACGAGUAAAAACCAGAAGAAACUGGUGGAAAAUUUCUCAGCAAAUAUAAUACCAUUGAAAUAAUAAAAGUAUAAAAACUGGAAACAAA